AUGAUAGAGAAAUUUAAGUUUCUUGACAUAAAAGAAGCAAGCUCUCCUUAUGAUUCUAGUUCUAAAACAAGUGAGCAUUCUGGUAGGGUUGUGGCACAGCUUGAGUGUGCUAGUGCAACUAGAAGCCUAAUGUACGCAAUGCAUUGUACAAGACUUGAUAUAGCUUUUGCUGUUUGGAAACUUUCGAGGUACACUAGUAAUCCUAGUGUGGAUCACUGGAAAACCAUUGGUCGAGUUUUUAGAUAUCUUAAGAAGACUAUGAACUUUGGUUUGUUUUAUAGAAACUUUUCAGCAGUGUUAGAGAGAUACUCGGAUGCUAGUUGGAUCACUAGUAGAGGUAAUAAUAAGUCCACAUCUGGAUGGAUUUUUACACUAGCUAGUGGAGCCAUAUCUUGGGCUUCAAAGAAGCAAACUUGUAUCUCACAUUCAACCAUGGAGUCUGAAUUUAUAUCUUUGGGAGCAGCAGGAAAAGAAGCAGAAUGA